AUGCAUUUAUUCGGUUAUCUUACAUGUCUCUCAGUCGUUUUUGCGGCGCCUCUACUCCAGGUUGAGCAGGGUGCCACCGUGAUACCAGGUCAAUACAUCGUCAAGCUCAAAAAUGAUGAGGCUGCGAUCUCUGCGACUGCUAUUACAGCUCUCAAACAGACACUUUCCACAGCACCAAAGUUCGAAUACUCGCUCUCUGGAUUCCAUGGAUUUGCGGGCGCUCUGUCAGCUACCGAACUUGCAAGGUUCUUAGCUUCCAAGCAUGUUGAAUAUGUACAACCAGACGUCAGAAUGCAUGCGUACGGUCUAGUAUACCAGAAUCCUGCCACGUGGGGUCUCAGUCGUGUCUCGAACAUCCUGCCUUUGAACAGCAGAUACGUCUUUGACGAGAGUGCAGGAGAAGGCACCUGCGCUUAUGUCAUCGACACUGGUAUUUACGUGGACCAUCCUGAUUUUCAAGGCCGUGCGACCUGGCUGGCUAAUUUCUCGGAAGAGGACAGCAAUGAAGACGGCGAAGGACAUGGUACACACAUUGCUGGCACUAUUGGCUCACUGACCUAUGGGGUAGCAAAGAAGACCCAACUCUAUGCCGUCAAAGUCCUAGACUCUAUCGGCUCGGGUACAACAGCCGGCAUAAUCGCUGGUAUCGAGUUUGUUGCAAAGGACGCGGCAACGCGCAACUGCCCUAAAGGAGCAGUCGCAAACAUGAGUCUUGGGGGUCGUAGAAACGCUGCCACAAAUCAAGCUGUCGCCGCAGCGGUCGCCAGUGGUGUCUUCUUCGCUGUCGCGGCGGGCAAUGAUGGUUUUGACGUUAAAUACACCUCGCCUGCCUCUGAGCCCACUGUAUGCACUGUUGGCGCAACCGCAAGUGACGACAGCAUGCCUUCGUGGUCCAACUACGGUUCAUUGGUUGAUGUCCUCGCGCCAGGUGUGAAUAUCACCAGUUUGGACAAUUUUGGAGGAACGAUAGAGCAUGAGGGUACGUCAAUGGCAACCCCACAUGUUACGGCGUUAGGGCUCAAAGGUGUGGUUUCGGAUGUGAAGAGUGGAACUGUGAACACGUUGCUCAACAACGGUGCCUUUCCCAUUGUCCGCUAG